CCGCUCAUCAUUACAAUGAAGACGGAACUCACGCGUCUUUUAGAUUAAUUGAUGGAGGUCGUGUGGUCAAGCCAUUAAAUUUUACUUUUUAAACUACUUUACCUGGCCCAGGGGCAGAAUAAGAGCGUCCUGGUGAACGGAGAGCGGGACGACUUCAAAGAGUGCGUGGAAAUACUCACAUAUCUGAACUUUCGUCUGUUUUGUCACGGUAAGACAGGUGCACGAGCACCUGCACUUAGGUUAUUUUAUGAAGUCCGUAUGUGAUCUGCUGUGAAUUUCUUGUGAUGAGGAGGAAAUUCUGCCUUCCCUGUUAAAACCUUGGGGGCUCUGAUCAUUGGUGGUGAUGGCAUUCUUUGAGAUCACGUCCACAGCUGAACACUAUUAUGACAAGUGGACCAAGUUGAUCAAUGAUGCAGACCCCAGGACGAAAGACUGGCUGCUCAUGUCCUCUCCUAUCCCACAAACGGUUAUUAUUUUAUUUUACAUCUACUUUGUGAUGUCACUGGGGCCCAGGAUAAUGGAGAACAGGAAACCAUUUGAUCUGAAGCAGGUCCUCAUCAUCUAUAAUUUCAGCGUUGUGGCUUAUUCUCUUUACAUGUGUUACGAGUUUGUGAUGUCAGGCUGGGGAACAGGAUAUUCAUUCGGCUGUGAUUUGCUAGACCCCUCUCAUUCGCCACAAGCCAUGAGGAUGGCAUGGACUUGCUGGCUCUAUUACUCCUCCAAGUUCAUUGAGAUGUUGGACACAAUCUUCUUUGUGCUGAGAAAAAAGCAAAAUCAGGUGUCCUUCCUACAUGUCUUCCAUCAUUCCAUCAUGCCUUUCACUUGGUGGUUUGGAGUCCGGUUUUCUCCAGGCGGUUUGGGGACAUUUCACGCCCCCCUAAACUGCAUUGUUCAUGUCAUCAUGUAUACAUACUAUGGACUGUCAGCCCUGGGCCCUACCUAUCAAAAAUUUUUAUGGUGGAAGAAGCAUCUGACUUCAAUACAGCUUAUCCAGUUUGUCAUGGUAACGGGUCAUAUUAGCCAGUACUACUUCAUGAAAGACUGUCCUUACCCGUACCCCAUCUUCAUCUACCUCAUUACUCUGUAUGGCAUCGUCUUCCUCCUCCUCUUCCUCAACUUCUGGUACCAUGCAUACACAAAAGGCAAAAGGCUUCCUAAAGUCCUGCAAAACACAACCAUGCCACAGAACAACAAUGGCAUACACCACAAGAAAGAAUAACCGGUGCAGUGUGAUUAACCAAUCAGCAGUGACAAUCUACAUAAAACAGUCUUUUGGCUACAUUUUUAUAAGCAUAUUUAUAUGUACACCAUAAAGUUUAUCUGGACGCCCUAGGAAAAAUAUUACUUUACAGACUGUGUGAUUCAGUCUGGGCUGGAUCUCGUCUUCUAACCUCAGCUGGGCAUUUGAGUUGAACUCUAGGUCAUUUGCCUUAAGGGCUGCUCUUGUUUCUACUCAUUUUCUGCAUACUCACGUGUUUCCCCUCCCUGUUUAAUGAGAGUUGAAUGAGUCCGAAGCCUCCCAGCUCCUCACUCAUGUCAGUCACCUCACUUUUAUUGCCCUUUUUUAUAGCUAUAUUUAGAUAUUUAUGUUCAUGUUUUUGGUUAUAUCAGUAAAUAAGAUGGAGAAUUUUUUUUUUUUUCUUCUCUCCCUUCAUAAAAAGCAGAACUAUGGAGAAAAUCUUACCACAAACACUAGGUGCUAUAUCCGUAAUGCAUACUUAUGUUUUUCACCCUCUACAUGUGACAUUGCGUGAACGGUAGCAAGUACUGCAACUGUCCUUGAAGGAACCGAUGCAUUGAUCUCAUCUUGCACUAUUGGUGAAGAAGGACCGGAAUUUGGUUAUCUUUUUAUUUUAUACAUCGUAUCGUAAUGAAUGUCUUGGACUCUUUUGUCCAGGACAGGAGCUUGCAUUUUUUGUAUAAAUUUAGUUUGUUAAUUGACUGUUUUAAAUAUUUAUGAAAAAAUAAAUGCUGUAUUCACUUA